UUUCUUCUUCACUCACAGCUCCCUCUAACGCCAUGUUGGCUGUUAUGACUUGACUUGUUGUUUUUUAUCUUGCCUUACUACGGACUUGACAGGAGUGGCUUUUUUAAACCCCCCUGCGCCUUCUGGAGACGCUUUAUUCCAUUCUACUUUUUUUUUUUGUUGUUGUUGCGCGUACGCGUUUUGGAUGAAACGCACGGAGUAUGCUUGCAUCGCUCCUGUUAUUUUGCAUUUGAGAGGAAUACUACUUGGAAAUAGAAGUUUGAAAGUGUUUGGUUGUUUGUGGGAGUGUUUUUACUUGUCAUAUGUGCAACAAAAUGUCAGAUGUUCGCCUGUCUAAUGCGAGCCCCACGGUGGAGAGGGUGGAUGCGCGGCAGCAGGACAACGUGAGACCUCCGACCCGCAGAAACCUUUUCGGCACACCUGACCGAGAGGAGACGCGGAGGUAUUUUGAAGCCUCGAUACAGGAAAGUGUGCAGGCUUUUGUGGAGGAGUACAAUUUCGAUGUCGUCAACGACAGGCCGCUCACUCCUCCGCGCAAUUACGACUGGCAGGAGGACAAUGACGCACCGGAGUUUUUCCGCAGACCGCCUCACCGGAGAGAGCAGCCCCAGCGAGAGGUGGAGCGCCCCGGCGAGAACAACCGACUGGAUGCCGAGGAGAGGGGCGAAAGGCAGCCAGAUCACCAGCAAGACAGAAACGGUUCGAGGAAGAGACGUUCAGGCUCCUCAGGUCCCUGCUCAGACGAGAGUCAGAGUAAAAGGUCGCAUUCCGACGAAGAAGAUGACGACCAGGCGGGCGGCGCGGCGAGUCAAGCGGUGGAAGCCUCGGAGGAGAGACCGGAGGUCGGCGCGGAGGACCAGUGAAAAACAGUGCAAGAGCGAGGAGACCUGUUGCUGGUGGAAUACUGUAGCCUUUCUCGUCAUCUGACAGAUGGGAGAGAAAAAUCUAAAAGCAGCCUUUUCCUUAAAGAAGGGAGGAGGAGAGGCUGCACAAAGCACUGAAUAUGUACACUAUCAAGUUUUGGCACUCAUUUCAGUUAAAUUGCCUCAGAAGCAGCAGACAAUGUAGCAGUGUGCAAAUGGAUUUUUGCUCAUUUUUGUAUCUACUACCUAUGUUUCAGAUGUAGCACAUAAAAAAGAAGCAUAUUAUGCUUUUCAUACCUUUUUUGUUAAAUGUCUUUGCGUAAGUGUGUGAAUUUGACUCGGGAAGUUGCAGUGCAAUUUCCAAAAGAGAAAUAUUAUUUUGUCAUAUUGUAUCAUUAUUCAGGUAAUUGAUGUAAGUUAAAAAUGCAGAUUUCAAAAAGUCAGGGUUAUGUGGAAACAAAAUUUCUCCUUUGCUUUUCUUUUCCUAUGGCUUUAUUUGUCCCAGUGUUAUAAAUCUUUUUUUUUUUUUUUUGAAGGCCCAGAUGCCCACACUAUAAGUUGAGGGUCCAUCUACCUGGGAACAGCCAUGACAGAUAAAGUUUACAUGCAAAUAAUGUCUCUUUAUUUCCCCAAUUUUCUGACUUUUAUUUUAGUUUGUUUUUUUUUGCCAAAGUUUGUGCCUUUUGUUUUGAGGGCUGAUGGGUGGGGAGGGAGGUUAGCUAAACUGCUGAGCAAUAUCCAACCAAAUUUGAACAGUAUUUGCUAAUAAUCCUAAGAAUUAGCUUUUUUUUUUUUUUUUAAAUUAGGUGAGUUGAUAUUUUUAGUGGCUUUUUUAGGUCACAAAUCCCGCCCCUUGUGAUAAAUGGUGAAGUCCAGGUUAGCAUAGAUAAAAUAUGUUAAAAAAAACCACUGGGCUACUUAUGCAAAUAUGUGAAUCAAAGAUUUGUCUUUGCUGUGUGGAAUUCAUGUGGAACAUGGAAUUGCACUAUUGUUAAUUUGUCUUUUUUUUUUCUUUAGGGUAGAACAUGUUGAAGAGUACCUGUGUGCCUUUUUUUUUUUUUUUUUGAAAAACACUGAACCAUUAAACUAAUUUAUUUAUGUUGUGCUUUUUGUUGUGGGUGUAUGUACAGCUUCCCAAAGUGACAUUUUUGUAAAUAUAUAUUUUCAUUAUGUUCUUAAGAUAAAUAAACUGUUGCAAAACUGA